AUGUACACUCCAUCCUUCACCAAGACUCUUGUCAUUGCGCUGUGUGCCAUCGCCAUGAUGGUGACGAUGUCUUCGACCACGGUCCUGGCUCGCCUUCCUCCGUCCUCGCCUUUGCUUGAUAUUCAAGAACCCCGUGGCGGUGCAACCUACCACGUUGACGAAUUACUUCACGUUCGGGCCGUGUUCAAGGAUGGGAAGAAGAACCCUCUUUACAAGGAUGAUACCAAGAUCGAUUUUUUCAUCCAAAAGUUUAUCGCCAUGCCGGAUUUGAACGAACACGUAGGCUCGGUCUCUGCCAAUAAGUUUUACCAAAGCGGUUUCGAGUUCCCGGUCUUGGAGAGCUAUCCCAUCCCGACUCAGACUUCCAGACCGUUCAGGGUUCGUGCCCAUUUCGAUGGUCCCAACUCUGGAUACGACGAUUCCGACGCAUUUUACCUUGAGAAGUGA